AUGGGUCGGCUCGACCGGAGUGAUACCACGGCCUCACAGAAAACCGGCGUGAAACAACCACAGCGUUGUGUUUCGCCGUAUUGUGCGAUACGCCUAAGAAAUGUACGCGUGGGUCGCGUGCACUCGGGUCACGUGCCGCGGACGCAUGGGUGCCGCGUGCUGGUGCCGACGCCGGGCCCGCGCAGCGCCGUCCUCAUCGAGCUCCACAAGCUCAACGUGCCCUGCUCCACUGGGUUCAUCCGCUUCGCUCCCAAUACUCCCAUUCUGUGCGGCAAACUGGACCAAAUACCGCUCCCCAACAGAAAGUUCCUCUACACCUCAUCGUUUAAGAACCCCGCCAUAGAACUACACGGCCGGCCCACGUUCGCCGCGGUAUACCGUCUAGUAGACCAUUGCCACGAUGUUCUACUUACGGGAAGAAACGGCUCGUUCGAAGUCGGCCCGACAGUCAAACUGUCAUGUUCCUAUGAGAUCCACCUGCCGUACGGCAACCGUGUUGCUCUGCGGCUACAGAUGGGCACUGGACCAAUGGAUGCGAAAGAAAACGACGUGUCCAAUAUUAUACAUGAAGACGGGCAAGCCUUGUGUAGGGGGAUGGAGUUAAGUUUAGAAGACGGAGACUCUAAGUGGAAGCAUUGUUCCCAGCCCGGCGACCCUUUAAGAAGUGUUCAAAUUGUAUCAGAAGGAAAUUUAGUGCGUUUGAAUAUAAGUAUAACUGCUAAGAAGGAUACUUCAGCCAUGUGGUUAAAAGUGUGGUGGAUGGACAAAGCCGUAGAGAGCAUCGUGGGGCACUGUGACUAUGGGUGGGUGCUGUCUGGAGAUUUUUGCAUAUCAGCGGUGCGAGAGGCAAAGAAGGCGUGGAGACAGGCGGAGGCGGAGUGUGUUAGGUUGGGAGGGCACCUCGCCAGUGUGCUGAAUGAGAGGCAACAGCAAAUUAUGGACCAACUACUUAUACAUGCUCCGGGCGCUGGAGUAGACGACGUGUACUGGAUCGGAGCUACUGAUGCCGUCCAUGAAGGCGAGUUCCGAUGGUCGGAUGGACUUCCCUUCUCUUAUGCACACUGGUUUCCUGGUUGGAGGAAGCACAGUGGCCAGCCCAAUGAUGAUGGAACGUCAGGCCAGGAUUGCGUGGAGGCUCGUCGUGAGUUUCCCCCGCGACCACCACCAGCUGCCACAACCUUCAUGUGGAACGAUAGAGGAUGCAGGGAGCAUAACUACUUCGUCUGCGAGAAACCUAGUGUCGAAGAUCCCUACAUAGCAUCAAAAAUCCUAUGCAACGAGACGAUAGUGUUGUCUCACUCGCACCCGCACGCUAUAGUAUCGAGCCCUGGCUUCCCCCGCCCGUACCCUGAUGACGUGGAGUGCGUGAGUGAGAUCCGAGCGCCGCCUGCGCAUACUCUGCGACUGCAUUUUGAAGAACUACUUACAGAACACGAGCCACAGUAA